AAAAAAGCAGCUUUCAACAAACGUCUGUCCACAAACCUGGAAAACACCGGAAAGAAAGGCCACAGAUCGACGGCAGGACGACGGAGAAGAGAGGAAGAAAAGUGAGACUAAAAUAACAAAACAACGACCCCCAGGUCGACAGAGGACCAUGUUUGUCCCCCUGCCGGUCCCCUUCGUCUUUCAGAGAACAGCGUCCGACUUCAGCGCCUGGAGACUCAAGUCCUCGCUGGCUCCGCGGUCCAGCCCCGAUAUCAGGAUGUCUAAAGAGGAGAAGCCUGGGGCUGACUAUCCAGGGGACAGUUCAGACUCAGACAGAAACAGCCCGGAUGAUCAGGUCCAGACAAUGAAAAGCAGCCCCUUCAGCCUCUCUCCCACACCAGCUGGCAGCAAGGUAAAGAGUGAAGAGAGCUCCGAGCUGACACACAGCGCCGUCCCUCCUCCUGCGCCUCCCUCCCAGCAACAGCAACAGGCCCAACAUCACCACACGCAGCUGAUGCUGGCAGGCAGUCAGCUGGCAGGGCUUGCCGCUCUCCUCCCGGCCCAGCAGCAGCUGCUCCUCCAACAGGCUCAGGCUCAGCUUUUGGCGGCGGCGGUUCAGCAGUCGAACGCCGCCCAUGCCGCCCACGCCGCUCACGCCGCCGCGCAGCAACAGGCCAACCAGCAACAUCAGCAGCAGCAGCAGCAGCAGCAAAGCCAACCAACCAAACAGGAGCAAGCAGUCCAAGCCCCGCCUCCCCCGCCGCAGCUGGCCCUAUCACAGCCCAUCCAGCUCACCGCACAGGACAUCCAGCAGCUGCUGCAGCUCCAGCAGCUGGUCCUGAUGCCGGGUCACCCUCUGCAGUCUCCGGCCCAGUUCCUGCUCUCCCAGCCCGCUCAGGCGCAGCAGCAGCAGCCCGGUUUGCUCUCGACACCAAAUCUGAUCCAGCUACCUCAGCAAAGUCCGGGCGGACUGCUGACGAGCCCGCCGCGCCUCGGACUCCAAGCACAGAGGGAGAAGAGCAGCGAUGUUGGGAGCAGCGGCGGCGGAUCUGCGGUAGUGGCGCCCGGAGGCAGCGGCGUCGGCGUGGUCUCAUCCGGAGGAGCCGCCUCCUCGUCCAGCAGCGCCAUGGCUUCCUCCAUCACCUCCGGCCUGACCGCCGGGGGUCACGGGGGUCACAUGGGGGAGGAGCCCAGCGACCUGGAGGAGCUGGAGCAGUUCGCCCGAACCUUCAAGCAGCGACGCAUCAAACUGGGAUUCACUCAGGGCGAUGUGGGCGUGGCCAUGGGGAAGCUCUACGGCAACGACUUCAGCCAGACGACCAUCUCCCGCUUCGAGGCGCUCAACCUGAGCUUCAAGAACAUGUGCAAGCUGAAGCCGCUGCUGGAGAAGUGGCUGAGCGACGCAGAAACGAUGGCGGUGGACAGCAUGCUGCCCAGCCCCUCCUCCAUCUCCUCCCCGCUUCUGGGCAUCGAGGGUCUGCCUGGCCGCCGCAGGAAGAAACGCACCAGCAUCGAGACCAACGUGCGCGUGGUCCUCGAGCGCAACUUCAGCACGAACCAGAAGCCUACCUCGGAGGAGAUCCUGCUGCUGGCGGAGCAGCUCAACAUGGAGAAGGAGGUGAUUCGUGUUUGGUUCUGCAACCGCCGGCAGAAAGAGAAGCGCAUCAACCCCUCCAGCAGCACCACGCCUCCUCUGCCCAGCCAGACCUCGCCUGUCGUGACGCACAAAGCCCCCUGCUACAGCCCGCACAUGUUAUCCAGUCAGGGUCUGUCCCAGGUCACCACCAGCCUCAGCACAACAGGCGCCAGCUCGUCACCGUCGGCGUCCUGCCCCAUGACUCCGGUCAGCUCGGCGGCCAUCUCCUCUUCUGUGACCCCGCCUCCUCAUAGCACAGCCAGCCCGGCUCCUCCCGGCCUCGGGACCCCCGGGCUCAACACUGGGAACACAAUGAUGGGAGUAAGCACAGGGAUGAACCAGGCCCUCAUUGGGAGCAAUCCCCUGGCUACCAUGCAAGCCCUGGCGGCCAGCGGCGGUCAGCUGCCCCUCUCAGGCCUGGAGGGGGGGGCGGGCCACAUGCUCCUGGGGGGACCCGGCGGUCCCGGCGUGCCCGCCUCUCUCCGCCCGUCUCUCUUCCUCAACCGCCCCACCCUCCUGCCCAUGGUGACCGGCUCCAUGGCCGCCGCCUCCUCUCCGGCCAUGGGGCUGGUCAGCAGCAGCAGCGGCGGCGGCGGCGGGGGGGCCGGCGGCCCGAGGCCCCCCUUCUCCCAGUCUCCGCCCGCCGGCACCAGCAACCUCAUGAGCCCCACCUCGUGCCCGGAGGAGUCUCCCUGUUCGAGCCCCGCCUCUUUCUGUUCCUUCAGCGAAGCCUCGCCGCCGCCUCUGGGAGGGGCCAUGGCCGAGUGACCCCCCCACCACUGACCACCAAAGCAUCCCAUCAGAGGAGGACGAGGAGGAGGAAGAGGAGGGAGAAGCGUUCAAGGAGCUUUAAGAAUCUAAAUUUACAACCUCGCCUUUCAACCAAAGCCAUCUCUCUGUCUGAUCCAUCUCUCUGCGUCUCCCCUCCGAAGUCUUCUGAAGCCAAAAAUACACACAUGGACGAGGGGAGGGGGCAGGAAGAGAGGCGGGAUGGAGAGGAUAGAGAGAAAUGCAGAACGGAGGAGGGGAAUCUGAAACCAAAUAAUGAUCUGCGUCUGGAGACGGGGCACCGAGGAGUGUCUCACCGUGCUUUUUUAACGGCUGGAGAAGAAAAAGACCAAGUGAGCGAGGGCGGGGAUGAGAACUGAGAACUGUGUGUGAGAAACGGGAGGCAAAGAGAAAACAAAAAGACUUGUUCAGCAAGCACCGGAGGGCCGUGUGGUCGU